CCAGGAGGGAAAACAAAAAGAGCUUCUGCACUUCAGGUCUUUAUUGUUUGCUGAUGACAGACAUCUCAUUUUCGCACUUCAGGCAGGCAACCUCCCCGGGAAGAGCCUCCUGCAUGCAGAGCGUGUGAGACUGUCCCAUCAAAAGGGGAAUAUAAAGUGAAGACAAGAAAGAAGCAUUGCUACCAGGGAAAGGGGUUACAAUAUCCUUUGUCUGCGGAACUGGAGUAACACUGAAGCAAGCAGCCCCUGCUGUGUCUGGAGCUAUGAGACUAAGGAGAACACGCACCACUUCUUUCAGAUGUUCAAAGAACUGUGCUCUCUCAGCACAACACUUUGGUGUGGUGUUAGCCCUGGCCUUUGGGAUCUGGGAUGUUAAGGCACAAGCAGAAGAAGAGUUUCAGUCUGUAUAUGUGUGGCGACCAGGUCCUUGGGGGAGAUGUAUGGGAAAUGAGUGUGGCCCUGGAGGUAUCCAGACCCGGUCAGUAUGGUGCUCCCAUGUGGAUGGAUGGACAACUUUACCGACAAACUGUAAACCAGCAGAAAGGCCUGAGAAUCAGCAGAAUUGUUUCAAAGUUUGCGACUGGCACAAGGAACUGUACGAGUGGCUCCUGGGAGAGUGGAGUGAGUGCCUGCCUGUCCUUUCCAGGAACCCUUCUACAGGUAAAGCCUUUGAGUGUCUGAAAGGGGAGGCAGGAAUUCAGACUAGAGACAUCACUUGCAUUGAGAAGAAAAAUGGAGCUGCUGCUGAGGAUGUCAUCUGUGACUAUUUUGAGCCCAAGCCACCCCUGGAGCAAGCCUGCAUUAUCCCUUGCCCACAGGACUGUGUGAUAUCAGAGUUUUCUUCCUGGUCAGAAUGCACUAAGACCUGUGGGACAGGAUUACAACAUCGGUUCCGUCAAGUGUUGGUCCCACCUCUCUACAAUGGCAUGGCCUGCCCCAACCUGACUGAGUUUCAGAGCUGUAAACACAAUCCCUGUGAUGCAGAGGAAAGUAUGUACAGCUUGAAAGUAGGUCCUUGGAACAGGUGCUCGCUCCCACAUACCCGACAGGUUCGGCAAGUAGGAAAAAGGGUGAGGGAUCAGGAAACGCGUGAGCUCAUGAAGAAAAAGAGAAACAGAAAUCGCCAGAUCCGACAGGACACCAAAUACUUUGAUGUACAGAUCGGCUACCAGACAAGACAGGUCACGUGCAUGCACAGAAACGGAAAGACAGCAGCUCUCAGCCUCUGCUCACAGGAGAAGCUACCAAUCACCUUCCAGUCCUGCGUCGUUCCAAAGGACUGCCAAAUCUCCGAGUGGUCUGACUGGAGUCCGUGUUCCUUGUCGUGCUACAGCCCCACCUCACCUAAAGGAUUCCGUACCAGGACGUCCAAUGUUAAACAGUUUCCUCUUGGCGGUGGACAGGAAUGCCCGUCAUUGGAGGAGAAAGAACCCUGCACUCUCCAGGGGCAGGGAAUACCACCUUGUGCUGCGUACUCCUGGAGAACCACUGAGUGGAGUGAAUGCCGUGUGGACCCUUUGCUCAGCCAGCAAGACCGAAGACGAGGAAAUCAAACAGCACUCUGUGGUGGCGGUAUUCAGACACGUGAAUUCUACUGCGUGCAGACGAAUGAAAAUCUCUUGUCCUAUUUGAAUACACAGAAGGAAAAGGAAGCUUCCAAACCUGUUGACAACAGGCUGUGUACUGGGUCCAUGCCUACCACCACACAGCUAUGUCAGAUCUCCUGCCCCAUUGAAUGUGAAGUGUCCUCCUGGACCGCCUGGGGACCCUGUACCUACGAAAACUGUGCUGAGCCUCAAGGCAAGAAAGGUUUUAAACUGCGGAGGCGACAAAUUGUUAAUGAGCCCACUGGGGGUACUGGCAACUGUCCACACCUGAUUGAAGCCAUCCCGUGUGAUAAUCCGUCCUGUUACAGUUGGCAGAUUGUGAGACUGGAAGAAUGCAUACCCGAUAAUGGCAGCAAAUGUGGACCCGGCAUCCAGGCACCGAUGGUUCAAUGUAUCAACACCGACAGAGAAGUGGUGGACAGCAAUCCCUGCAGAGAAGCUAUCUACCCUAUUCCUAUCGCCUGCCAGGUCCCAUGCCCAAGAGACUGUGUCCUCAGCAAGUGGUCUGAAUGGGCAUCGUGUUCAUACACCUGCUCUGGCAAAACCACCGAGGGAAAACAGAUGCGUGCCCGCUCCAUUCUGGCCUACUCAGGUGAAGGUGGAGUUCAGUGCCCGAACAGCAGUGCCUUGCAGGAAGUGCGUAGCUGUAAUGAGCAUCCGUGCACUGUCUAUCACUGGCAGAACGGUCCUUGGGGCCCCUGUAUCGAGGAUUCAUCUGUGUCUACUCUUAAUUCCACCACCAGCUGGAGCAGAGAGGCAACCUGUGCUGUGGGAAUGCAAACUAGAAAGGUCAUUUGCGUGAGAGUCAACGUGGGACAAGUUGGACCAAAAAAGUGUCCAGAAAGUCUGCGACCAGAUACAGUGAGACCCUGUCUUCUACCGUGCAGAAAAGACUGCAUUGUGACACCGUAUAGUGAUUGGACACCUUGUCCUUCAUCAUGUGAAGAAGGUGACAAUGCUGUAGCAAAGAAAUCUCAGCAUCGAGUCAUCAUCCAGUUUCCAGCAAAUGGAGGGCAUGAUUGUCCUGACACACUCUUGGAGGAGAAGGAGUGUGAGAUCACUCAUGUCUGCAUUAAUUACAGAUGGAAAACACACAAAUGGCGCCGGUGUCAAUUAGUGCCGUGGUACAUUCGCCAAGACAGCCCUGGAGCGCAUGAAACAUGUGGACCAGGACUGCAGACCAGAGCGAUUUCUUGUCGCAAGCAAGACGGUGGUCAAGUGGACAUUAAUGAUUGUCUCCAGUGGGCUGGCACCAUGCCACCCUUAACUCAGUUUUGCCAGUUACCAUGCCAGGAUGACUGUCAGUUCACCAGCUGGUCCCGAUUUUCCCCCUGCAAUGGAGAUUGUGGCACUGUACGUACCAGAAGGCGGUCACUAGUGGGGAAAAGUAAGAAGAGAGAAAAGUGCAAGAACACUCAGAUCUUCCCUCUUAUCGAGACCCAGUUCUGCCCAUGUGACAAGUAUUCAGCCCAACCCUUCAGCAACUUUUCUGACUGCAUUCUGCCAGAAGGUCGAGUGGAGAGCCUGCUUGGCAUGAAAGUACAAGGGGAUAUCAAGGAGUGCGGACAAGGAUAUCGCUAUCAACCGGUGGCUUGCCGGGAUCAGAAUAAUAGACUGGUGAAAUUGGGGCAUUGCAAUAGUCACGGUUACAUAGAGGAGGCCUGCACCAUCUUCUGCCCGUCAGACUGUAAGCUCAGUGAAUGGUCCAACUGGUCUCGCUGCAGUAAAUCCUGUGGUAGUGGCGUAAAGGUGAGAUCUAAGUGGCUGCGAGAGAAGCCAUACAAUGGAGGAAAACCUUGUCCAAAGUUGGACCACACAAACCAGGCUCAGGUGUAUGAAGUGGUUCCCUGCCACAGUGACUGCAGUCAGUAUGUGUGGAUAGCAGAACCAUGGAGUGUGUGCAAAGUUAGCAAUGUGGACCUGAAAGAUAACUGUGGAGAAGGAGUGCAAACUCGGAAAGUCAGAUGCAUGCAGAAUACAAUGGAUGGGCCCAUUGAACCAGCAGAAGAUUACCUCUGUGACCCAGAAGAGAUGCCACUUGGUUCUAGACAAUGCAAGCUGCCAUGUCCUGAUGACUGCGUCAUGUCUGAGUGGACUUCCUGGUCCAAAUGUCCUCUACCCUGCAAUAGCAGUUCUGUUAGAGAGCGAUCAGCGGUCCCUGUACGUCAGCCUGGGGAAGGAAAACCCUGCCCAUCGGAAAAAAACACUGAGACCUGCAGUCUGAACAAGAACUGCUUUCACUAUAUCUACAAUGUUACAGACUGGAGCACCUGUCAGCUGAGUGACAAGGCAGUGUGUGGCAGCGGCAUUAAAACACGAAUGCUGGACUGUGUCCGCAGCGACGGAAAGUCAGUUGACCUCAAGUACUGCAAAGAGCUGGGUCUCGAGAAAUCAUGGCAGAUGAACAUAUCCUGUAUUGUGGAGUGCCCGGUGAACUGUCAGCUUUCUGUCUGGUCGCCCUGGUCCCAAUGUUCCCAGACGUGUGGCCUCUCAGGACAAAUUCAACGUACAAGAACCAUAAUUCAGCCAUUCCAGGGGGAUGGACGACCGUGUGUGCUGCAGCUGGAACAAUUCAAAUCCUGCCCCAUCAAACCCUGCUAUCGAUGGCAGUAUGGCAAGUGGGCCAAGUGCAAAAUUGAGGAUGCUCAGUGUGGAGUUGGUACGAGGUUUCGAAAUAUUUCAUGUGUUGUGUUUGAUGGAUCCAGUGAAGGUCCCGGGCAGACAGUUGAUGAGGAAUUCUGUGGGGACCUGGAGCCUAUGGUGGAUGGAGAUACCCAUAUAGUCCUUCAGGAGUCAUGUACUGUCCCAUGCCCAGGCGACUGUUACCUGACAGAAUGGUCCAGGUGGAGUACCUGCCAGCUGACCUGUGUGGAUAAUGAGGAUCUUGGAUAUGGUGGAGUGCAAGUACGGUCCAGGGCAGUGAUUGUCCAGGCCCUGGAGAACCAGCAUUUCUGCCCAGAGCAGACACUGGAGUCCCGCGAGUGCACAGAUGGUCGGUGUUAUGAAUAUAUCUGGCUAGCCAGUGCAUGGAGGGGAUCUUCCCGAGCAGUAUGGUGCCAAAGGUCAGAUGGACUAAAUGUCACAGGUGGCUGCUCUGCAGUGAACCAGCCUUAUGGUGAUAGAUCAUGCAACCCGCCAUGCAGUAAACCUUACUCCUACUGCACUGAGUCUGGAGUUUGUGCCUGUGAGGAAGGCUACACGGAGGUGAUGACAUCUGACAGUUUGCUGGACCAGUGUACUAUGAUCCCUGUGUUGGAGAUCCCUUCAGUGGAGGAUAAGAAAGCAGACGUGAAGACGAGCAGAGCCAGCAACCCAACCCAAGAGUCCGACAAGAAACAAGGGCGUGCAGGGAGAACAUGGUUCCUUCAGCCCUUUGGACCAGAUGGGAAGCUGAAAACAUGGGUUUAUGGUGUGGCAGCAGGAGGUUUUGUCUUAAUUGUCUUCAUUGUUUCUAUGAUCUAUCUAGCCUGCAAAAAGCCCAAGAAACCACAGAGAAAACAAAACAACAAGCUGAAGCCUUUAACCUUGGCCUACGAUGGAGAUGCUGACAUGUAAUCUCUGUAUUGCUUAAAGAAACUUUCCCAGUCUUUCCUCAUUAAUGUAAGAUAUAACGUGCAGUAAAGUAUGUCCCAUCUACAGUCAUUUGGGGAAUUUUGUGACACGUUUGUCAGAUUCUGCAGCACAGUGACAUUUAACAGGAACAAGGAUGGAAAAAUGCACAAGGAAAUGUCAUUCUCAGAAAAACAAAGGUCUGGAGAUGUACCAGCUGCCUAUUUGUAACAAUUGAAGCCUUUGAAAUGAUGCAACAUGACUCUCCACCCUGCAAACACAAAGAGCUUUUCUUUUAUCUGGCCAGGACAUUAUGUACAAAAUUCCAUUAUAUUUCAGAAGUAGAAAUGAAGUUCUUAUUAAAUUGUCUUUUGUCUAACAACUGCACAAUCCACCCAAGAGGCCCACGAACCUAUGAGCCUAUGUGGGAAGGUUCUCCUCUUUCUUACUUUCACUGCGCUAGACUGGAAGACGGAGAAUGGUUUGCAGACACAAUGCAAAAAGAACCACUAUGAUGCGUUGAUGAUUCAAAAUGAGCAGCCCAAGAUUUUCCUAGCAAAAGUUCCCUAAAACCACUUUGCAGCAGAUUACAGGUAUAGCAGUUCACAAUAACACAUAUGUGCUUGGCAACAAGUCAACAGUUUAAACAAGUGGGACAGAUGAAUUCUAGACAAUUCUUGCACCACCUCGGUCCUCUGAAACUGAAUUGUGCAAUAGUAAGCAAUAGAAAUCAAGAAGCAUUCAUCUAAGAAAUUGAGCUCUUAACUAAAAGCUUAAACCGUCUCUUUUUAAUCUUUCCAUGCUUUACCUACGGACCUGAAUACUGAAUUAGCAAACAACAAGAUAACCAGUUACUCCAAAACACUUACUGCUGCUGAAAGCGCUUGUACCUAAUUAUAGUUACAAAAUAUGGCACCAUAUUAUUCUACCUAAGUAAAACCUUUCCAAAUGGCCUAUGGCCUAUUAACACUUUUUCAUUGUGAGGCACCCUUUUGCACUAUAUUAGUGCUGCAUGAUAUGCACUUCGCCCACAAAUAUACAGUGAAUUCACUUUACAGUAU